ACCUCUGAGGAGCCUAAACUUUCCAGUAGCACCACAGGCGGCUGCUGCACAGACAGACAGAGAGGGGGACAGCUAGAUGAAUAAAAAUUAAAAGAGAAGAAAAACUGUUCAACCUAUCAUUUGGCUCUCCUAAAAUAUUUUAACAGUUUUUUUUUCAAAGUUGUAUAUUUAUAUUUUUAUUAAAGAGGGCCCUUUGUGUGAAAAAAAAGAGAAAAUGACGACUCUGCUGUGCAUCACAAUAAUCUCUCUGACCCUGGCUGGCAGUGCAUACAGUCAGGUGACUCCCUCAACACUAACAGUUACGGUUUAUGCUGACCUAGGUGCCAACAUCACCCUCCCCUGUCGGCUCCUGUCCAAGGACCCCAUGUCCUUUGGUAACAUUGGUAUGCGAGUCAAAUGGACCAAGGUGGCAGAUGAUAAAGCCCUGGAUGAGGAUGUGCUGCUUUCAAUGGGAUUCCAUAAGAAGACCUAUGGAAGCUUCGAGGACCGUGUCUUUUUGCAGGAGCUUGACAAUGAAGAUGCCUCCAUACUAAUAACUGACGUCGCUAUGGACGACAUGGGAAAAUACCACUGUGAGAUCAUCAGUGGGAUGGAAGACAGCAUGCAAGAGAUUAUCUUGGAAGUGCGAGGUGGCGUCAGUGAUGGUGUUGUGUUCCCAUACAAUCCCCGUGUGGGCCGCUACAACCUGAACUUCCAUGAUGCUGUGCAGGCCUGUGUGGACCAGAAUGCUGUGGUCGCCACCUUUGAUCAGUUGUUUGAGGCUUGGAAGGGUGGCCUGGACUGGUGUAAUGCUGGCUGGCUGAAUGACGGCACAGUGCAGUAUCCCAUCACCAAACCCAGAGCGCCUUGUGGUGGCUCCAACAAUGGGCCUGGCCUCAGAAACUAUGGUCGCCUUGACAAAAAGAAACGCUAUGAUGUGUUCUGCUAUGCUUCUGCUCUCAAUGGACAUUUCUAUUGGCUGGUCCAACCCGAUAGGCUGACCUUUGACGAGGCUGUGCAGGCAUGCUCAGACGAUGGUGCAGAGAUCGCCAAGGUGGGCCACAUGUAUGCCGCAUGGAAGCUCGAGGGCUACGAUCGCUGCGAUGCUGGCUGGUUGGCUGAUGGAAGUGUCCGCUACCCCAUCUCUAGGCCUCGCAAGAACUGCAGCCCCACAGAAGCUGCAGUGCGCUCUCUUGGAUUCCCAGAAAAAGAUCAAAAGUCUUACGGUGUCUACUGCUACAAGGCUGUGCAGUGAAUGGGUAGAUAGGAGUAGGGAAUCCCCAACCACCAAAGAGCAGCAACAACCACAACCAAUAAAAUCAAGCACAAAAGCUUUGGAUCUUAACUAGCAUGAGCUCAAUACCUUUUGAAACUGUGAUAACCCUUUUUAACUCUGAAAAAAACAAAUACUGUCUAUUACAUCCAAAUGCAAUGAAUGACAAAAUAUUUUGUAGCCAUUAAAUUUAGUUUUUCUCUAAUUGCGCAUUCAUUCAUUUUACACAGACUGUUGGUGAAAAGGCAACAGUGUUAAAUGUAUGAGUGAUGUGACAGAGACAAGAACUUGAUGGUUGUGAAACAUCAUCUAAGUUUUGGUUUGUCCUCCACAGAAUGAUUCGAUGAGUGAAGUUAAAGAUUUAAAGCUUUUAUGUUCAUGUGCAGAUGAUAUUUGCUGCUUUAUCUAAAUAACAAAACAAUGUGAUCUUUUAUGCAUUUAUCAAGUGUUACAUCACUAAAUUACAGAAUCAUGAACAUACCUUGGAUACCACUGCUGAGCUAUGCAUAUAUACAUAUUGCAGUAAAUAUUCAAUUAGAUCCCUCUCUAAUCAGAGUUGAAGCUCUUUUUUCACCUCUUAAACUGUGGAAAUGAGGAGUUCAAAUUUACUGUUUAACAAGAAAAUGAAUGUAAAUGAUGGACUGUGACCUAUUCUGCAUUUAUAGCUCCCAUUAGAUCAAUUCCCAAUUACAAUUUGAAAGACAUUUUACUACUGUAACCUCAUACAGUAUGUUUGUUUAUUUUAACAAAAUGUUUUUUUACCUUUUUAAUGAUGUUUGUCACUAUAUUUUCUUUUACAUGAGCAUAAUGUUCUUUUUAAAGAAAAAAUAUAGAUUCUGUCACUUGUAGAUGUUUUUUUAAGUGCAGUUUUCAACUUAUAUCAGGCACAUACAAAACAGCAAGAUUUCAGCCAGAUAGUGAAUGUAGAAUAAGUACAGUACAUCCCCUUUUGCCCUGAACACAUCCUUUUACUAAAAUAUAAUCCUGAUUGUCUAACAGUUGUAGCAAUUCCCUAAGAUAGAUAAGAAAUAUUACAGUAGUCACAAGUACAACUAACAAAUGCAUGGGCUGAAAUCUGCUGACUGCUGAGACAUUCCUUACUGAGGUAAUGAACUGUAAAUGGUACAUUUCCACUAGCACUCUAUUCUUUUAAAGACCUGAGUAAUACUGAUGAUCACUCAUUGAUAGUUAUGCUGUAGCAACUGGAUCUAAAUAUCUGAAUAAAUAAUAAAGAAUCAAAACCAACAAAAAAAUCACAAUAGUUUGCACCCUUUUUAGGAAUCAGUUACAAAAAUAAAUAGAUUUUUUUGUGUUUUGGUUUUGGUUAUAUUAUCCCUUUAUACUUUUUCUAACCCUGGGCACAUGGUACACACAUAGUACUUACUGCAGAUUACAUGUGGUAAUAUGGUGAUGUAUGGUUGGAAAAGCAAAAUUUAAAAAUGUCUGUCACGCUUGUGCAUUUGUACACACUUGCGCAUGAAAGAAGGUGAGGGUAUAUUUGUAUCUUAUCACCAUGUACCUUUUUCAACAAAGCAGUUUGAAAUAAAGAAUACAACUUUUAAAUACA